GCCAGACCUUCCCGCAUCGCGUGGACGAGAGGCAGUGAAAACAGUUCAAGGUGUUUGUUCAGUGGAGAAACUCAAGGUAACAUUUAACUGUUAAUCAGAAGGUGAGCAGAAUGGACAAAGCUAAGAAGACAAUGAAGAGAUAUGCCCCAGAAUGGCAUGUACCUGCCUCCAAGAUGGCCAAGAACACCUUCAACCCAAUCAGGAAAAUCGUUGACGGCAUGAAGUUGACUCCCAACCCAGACAAAGAAAUGAUUGCCCUAUCUAUAGGUGACCCAACUGUGUUUGGGAACAUGGCCCCAUCAGAGGAGUCUGAGAACGCUGUGAUGAAAUGCAUGCAGGACAGAAAGUACAAUGGCUACGCCCCCUCUAUAGGCUAUGAGAAGGCACGGGCUGCGGUAGCUAACUACGUCUCUACACCAGACACACCUGUUACCGCACGUGAUGUUGUUCUGGCCAGUGGUUGUUCUGGCGCCAUAGACCUGGCCAUCUGUGUACUGGCUAACCCGGGUCAGAAUAUCCUCAUACCACGCCCUGGAUUCUCCCUCUACAAAACUUUGGCUGAUUCCCUUGAGAUAGAAUCUAGACACUAUGAUCUAUUGCCUGAUCGUCACUGGGAAGCUGACUUGGACCACAUGGAAUCCUUGAUUGACGCCGACACAGCAGCUAUCGUUGUCAACAGCCCGUCCAACCCUUGUGGCUCCGUCUACUCUAAAGGCCACCUGCAGGACAUACUGGCAGUUGCGGAGAGACACAAAGUCCCCAUCCUCUCAGAUGACGUCUACGCUCAUUUUGUGUUUGAGGGUCACAAAUAUCACUCUCUGGCCUCCCUUACAGACACAGUUCCUAUUCUCUCCUGUGGGGGUCUCACCAAGAGGUUUAUUGUACCAGGGUGGAGGAUGGGCUGGGUUGUGGUCCAUGACAGGAAAGGUAUCUUUGACAUGGAGGUGAGGACAGGACUGGUGAAUCUGUCACAGAGAAUCCUGGGACCUAACACCCUGAUCCAGGCAGCCUUAGAGCAGAUCCUUACCCAGACCCCACAGAGUUAUUUCCACAAGACUGUCUCCAUAAUUCAGACCAAUGCAGACCUGACUUAUGGGAUGUUGAAGCAGAUCCCCGGACUGGAACCUGUCAUGCCUUUUGGAGCCAUGUACAUGAUGGUAGGCAUUGACAUGCCAAAAUUCCCGGCCUUCAAUGAUGACUUGGAGUUCACUGAGGCAUUAGUGACAGAGGAAAGUGUGUUCUGUUUGCCAGCCAAGUGCUUCCAGUAUCCAAAUUUCUUCCGUAUUGUGCUCACCCUGCCAAAAGACAAGAUGGCUGUGGCAUGUGAACGAAUUCGCGAGUUCUGCAUGCGCCAUUAUCAGGACUGAGUCGCUGGAAAUGUUCAGAAGUGUGUCUAACAUAAUUAGUUGGACUGAAACUGUGGAACAUUGAGAACUGCAUGUUCCUUUGGCAUUUUCCAGACUGAAACUGAACAUUCAGAACUGUGUGUUCCAUCAUUAGCGACGUAGAUACCAGGAGUAGGAAGAUGAAACCUGGACGUCCCCAACAGAAACACAUUGCAUCAUAUGCUGUACAUUUUACAUAGACCUGUCCAAUGGAAUCUCUACUGCUGAAAGAUAUCUUGUCUUCUCAGGUUGUUAAUUGAUAGCUCUGUUGGUUUUAGACCACAUUCGGGCGCAUUCCAAUCUCAGGGGACAAAAUAUAAAGCCUUAAGACUUACCCUACAGCUGUCAGGCGCUAACAAAAAGUGCAUACACACACACACUUGCUAGACACCUUAACUUCCAAAAUAAUAAGAUCUCAUAACAAGAUUUUAUCACAUGCACAUGCCAUAUACAGUGCAUCAAUUCUCCAUAUCACAGUGUAUUGAGUGUGCAAUGAGUAGUUUAUUUUUAAUGCGUGACAGUUGGAAAAUGAAGUUUGAAAAUAUAUUUUAUUUUAAUACAUGUGCAUGUAAUAGAAAUAUUUACCUUUCUUAAAUAAGUCGUUUAGAUGAUAUUACAAAUAUUGUAUACAUGUAUCUAUAUGUAUGUGGGUUGAUUUAUCAUGUUGGUGUAUGUAUGUACAGGUGUAUACAUAUAUUUUUCAUUUCUGUUUGAAAGUACAUUUAUUUUUAACAUGUAUUCUGCAUUAAAUGCAUUAUGGGUUAGUCAGUAUAUAAAAAUUCGUAUCAACAAAUGUAUUUUAUUUUAGUAAAAAAUCAUUCUUGAAAUAAAGCGCUUGAGAUAAACAUAUUUGUGAUAUAUGCAAUAUUUAUAUUCACAAUCAAAAACUAUCUGUAUGGAAUGGAACUUUGAGUCGGACUUUGUGGUGAUUUUCAUGUGAGGUGAAAAUUACUGAAGCAUUUGGAACCUCGAAAUGUUUACGCAUAAUUUUUAAUGAUGGUUAAACUUUCCACACAUUAUGUCGUGAAUGAACCUCCUUGAAAAUAAAAGUUAAUUUAUCUGUUAUGUUUUUGCCAUUCAGUUUGUUGUCUAAUUACUUGAUUAUUGUUAAGAUAUGUUGUUACAAUAUUUCUGUUGACAUUUUCUGUAUUUGUUUGUGAUCUUUUGUUUUAAUUAUUUGUUGUGAUGAUGAUUUCUUGCCACUUACAUUUAGUGUCACAUGAAUGCCAUCAUAGAAUUUUUUUGUAAUACAGUACAACCUGAUGCUGGUUCUGUCAUGAUGAACAAGAUAAAUCCCCCAGUCAGUCAGUCAGAUCUUUUCAUUGAUUUGUCAGAUGUUUCAUGCAGACGUGCAACAUACAUGUUUAUACCUGUAAGUAUUAAAUUUCUGAUCCAUCCCCAUUGUUGAACAUUGUACACCUGCAUGUAUGCUUUGCGUUAAACACAGCAUAUUUUUCUUAUUUCAAAAACAUGUUAGAUCUCUAUCUAAGAUAUGAAAAGAAAAAAACAUUUCUGACCAAUAUAGUAUGGAAUAGUACAUGUGUCACUUUCUGGUUUACUGUAAUUCUUUAACCAUUUUGCAUAUUUGGAAGGUUUUUAUUCAGGCAUAUUCUGAAGGCAUUAUUUUGUGUGGACUUGAAGCCCUGAAAUUAGUCUACCCAGCCAAUGUGAUUUUGUCUCGAAAAUCAUAUUAAAAAUGUGCAUAAAUAGAGCUGAAAGUUGCCCUUUCAUACACGAAAAGGCUGUGGAAUUAGGGUAAGUGUAUUUUGUAUGAAUCCCUAAAUUUUCAGCUACAAUCUAACUGUAAGUGAAAGAAUCAGUAAUUUGUACAACAAUUCACCCAGUUCCCAAGGGAAGUGUUGAGUAUUAAAAAAAAAAUACAAAUUAUAGGCAAUGACCUCAUUUCAAUCGCACAUUUUUUGUUAACUUUUGAAUGAAUACUACUGGCACAUGAAAUGAAGACCUGCCAUUUGUAAUGGGCGUGGCAUAUAUGAAUUAUUUUUUGAAGACCAACUGCACAUGUAUGUGUAUGUAUGAAUUUAAGGGAAUAAUCUUUGAAUCAUUAUGAUCGUGUAAAUCACAAUCCUGGCCCUGUAUCUUGUAUAUUAUUAACAAACAUUAAUCUACAUGAACAGGAUAUUAAUUCUUCCACUGAAAUAUGAAAUAUGAAGAAAGUUGACUUGUGUAGCAAAAUUUGACAUCUUGCCACUGAAUCAUGAAAUUUGGUUGUUCUUGAUGGAUCAUUAGUUUUAUUCAAUAAAUAUUUUAUACUAGUCUUUUAUUCCAGGUAUUAAAAUAAUGAUUUAUGAAGAUAAUGACAAGUUAUGCAAACUUCCACAUAUACUAGUAACAUACAUAUGUAAUUUUAUUAUGACUAGCAUUCCAGAUUCAGUUUAGUGAACUUUUUCAAAGGUAUAAAUUUUAUUUGAAUAUCCUGUGUGGUCAGUUUUCAAAACAUUUGGCUAAUUUGGCCUAUGCUGAAACUACCAGUAUUACUGUACGCUGUUCUUGUAGUAUAUGAAUUUAAAGAAUUGUCUUUGUUCUGAAUGUUUUUCCUUUAGGCUAAGGUACAUUACUUGUUCUCCAUGUAUUCACUUUGGAUAUAAAGAUAUAUUUAGGGUGUGAGGCUUUCCAUUGUCUGGCCAUUUGUUUCAAGAAAUUGUAACUUCUGUCCAUUUCUAUUUAUGUUUCCUCAUACAUUGUAUGUAUAUAUGUAUGGUCUAUUUUUGCAUAAUAUCUCUUCACAUGCUUUAUCUGUGUUUAAUUCUUAUAGGAAAAAAGGAGUAAAAUUGUACAUAUCAGUUAUAUACUUUGGUUGUUAUGGUAAAGGUUUCUGAAAUACAUUAUGGUGAUGUAAUUUGAUGAAUCUUGGAAAAUAUUCCAUUUUAUGAUCUACCAUAGUUUGGCAAUGUAAAAAGAAGGUGUCGCCAAAUAUAUUAAAAUUAAUUUUUGUAUGAAUGCAAAUUUUAAUUUUCACUGCAAUAUGAGUGUAUUUUUUCUUUUUUCUUUUUUUUGUUCUCGUAUAAACUGAAUCUCGAAAAGUGCAAGUAUUUUAAUAAGUGAUUUAAACUGUGUUUUUAAGGUCAAAUAUUACCUUUAGUCAUAAAUAUGAAUUGUGAUAAAUUGACCGGUGUUUGUUGUGGAUUUAAUCUUCUAUAUUUUAUAAGAUAAAAUAUCCGGGUAUAGAAUAGCUGUAGGUAUAAAUGUACCUUCUUGUGUGAAACUGUAUUUUUAUACUGGGAAGAAAAUACAUUCAGCUACCCGGAGAAUUUUGGGUGUUUUCCAAAAAGUUCACUGAACUAUGAAAAUGUAAAUGAGGCCGUAUGCAACUGUUUGCACAUAUUAA